CAUGACACUAACCUAUUAUUAACUGCGUGACAGUUAGCCAAGUUGAUAUUCAAAGUAAGAUUAAAAAAGAUAAUUAUGGACCUGGGUUAAUUAAUGCCCGUGCUUGAGUGCAAGCAAAACUAGGCUUGCAAAUUAUGUUAACUAAAGUUGUCAUAUAUAUUAAAAAGUGCAUUUCAGGAGUGAAAUAAAUAAUAAAAGACAAUGGCAGAUGAUGAUGAUGACGUGCCAACUUUGUCAGCGGAGACAUUUGCAGCACUCCAGGAGUUUUAUGCUGAGCAGCAGAAAAGACAGGAGAUCCUCACCAAACUGGAGGCUGAUAACAAACUGAAUGAGAAUAUAUUGCUUGAAGAGAAUUGGCAAUUAAGCCAAUUCUGGUACAAUGAGGCGACAGUACAUUCUCUGGUGAAGGUGGUGGACAAAGUGGUGUCAGAUGGUGGGAGGGUGGCGUUGAUCUCUUGCCCAACACUAUUUGUGCCUGUGAAGAGGCAGAUUGGUGAUAGAGCUACUGUGUCUCUUCUAGAAUACGACAGAAGAUUUGAGAUCCAUGCGCCAGACUUCAUCUUCUAUGAUUACAACACGCCAGACAGACUGCCAUCAGAAAUGCACAACUCUUAUGACCUGGUGAUAGCAGAUCCACCUUUUCUUUCCGAGGAGUGCAUCACCAAGACGUCACAGACUAUUAAAUUGUUGUCCAAAGACAAGAUAGUAAUAUGCACUGGUGCUGUUAUGGAAGAACAUGUCAAGAACCUACUAGGACUAAAAAAAUGUGAUUUUGAACCUCGUCAUAGAAAUAAUUUGGCAAAUGAGUUUGUAUGUUAUGCUAAUUUUGAUCUGGAUGAGGCACUCAGGUGAUGGAAGUCUAAUGUCUUACCUGCAAGACUUUAAAAAUAUUUAUAUAAAUCUAUUAUUUACAUGGUCAUUUUGAUGUUGCAUUAGAAAAAUAAAACUCUGUACUUAUGUUCUUGAAAAUAAAACAGAAAUAAGUUACUCAAACCAUAGACGAUUCAAAAGUAUCUAUGGACAGGCGAAAGUAUUGUUCGUGAAUACGGGAAAGUUCGCCAGAUUAUAUAGUGGCGGCUAGUGUUGUAACUUCGUGUUUUUCUACAAAUACUUGUGUAAUGUGUAUUUUACUUGAUUUGACAAAUUAUGUCAUUUGGGCAGGCAACAUCUUCAUGUAAAAUGAAGUAUAAAUUAUAUGUCAGUUAAAAUGAUCAUAAGCCAGAAUGCAUUAUUCUAUCAAAUAUUAUUUAAAUAUUAUCUAGAUACUUUUCUAAAGAAUGUUUUUGGGAAUUCUGCAUAACUAAUACAACCUUAGUAUAUGGUAUAAAAAACGCUGUUUAAUUAAUUUGUCCCGCUUCUUCUGACGUUUAAAGUCUUUCGCCAUGAAAAGACAAAACAUUCAAUACCUAUCACAGAUGUAUAGAAUGCUUUUUAGGAGGUUAAUGGAUAUGGUUGCCAUUAAAUUGCGCCAUGGAAAUUCAUAAUUGUAAUGAAUACAUAAACAUUUGAUAAGUUGUUACUAAAAGAUAUUUAUUUACCUUUAUAGAACAAGGCCAUUGAAUUCACUUUACUAUAUUUAUAUGGGAAAUAAAACAAUUAAUGUAAAACA